CUGUCACUAUUUUCAGGAGCAUUUUCAGAUAUGCAGCGAGCUUGAAAGUCGAUUGAAAAAAAAAUAGUCGAAACUGCAUGCCUUGACGAUGCGCCCAAUAUUCCUUGUCUACAAUUUUUAAUUCGAAAAUUCGCAUGAAUCCACAUGAAUCACUGCUAGCGGGACGGCGCGAGGCGGGUUUCUCGAAGUCGCUCUCGUUUCGCCGAGUCCAGCCGCUGUCGGGCGAUUUUGCGUCACGUGGAAUUUCGGCGAUAUUCGGAAAGUUCGGGCGAUUUGAAAGGGUUCAGAAGGAACUCUGUCGGCGGAGCGUAGAGAACAGGUCUUAGCCUCGAAGGAGGCUAAAGAACCCGAAGGAACCUCCGAUCGCUGCGAGGUGUCCCCGCGUGUUUAGUGUCUUCUUUUUUUUCCCCGCCACGAAACGCGGCGUCCGACGUGGAUUGACGAGCUUCUUCGAUGUGUUCUCGAGCAAAUAUGUUGUGCUGGUUAUAAGAAGACCAGGAACGAUGAGCUUCUCCAGCGAUGAGGUUAACUUUCUGGUGUACCGAUACCUCCAGGAGUCAGGGUUUCAACACUCGGCAUAUACAUUCGGCAUAGAGUCCCAUAUAUCGCAGAGCAACAUAAACGGGGCAUUGGUGCCACCAGCGGCGCUGUUAUCUAUCCUUCAAAAGGGUUUACAGUACAUCGAGGCAGAGAUUUCGAUAGGCGAAGAUGGCACCGAGCAGCGAAUGGUGGAGUCUUUGUCGCUUAUCGACGCGGUCAUGCCAGAUGUCGUGGCAUCGCGGCAGAACCAGUUGAAUCAACAGAAGCAGCAAGUGAAGACUGAAGUUCAAGAUACUAAUGGAGAGGAAGUUGUCACAUCAAAUGUGGGAGUCGGAGCAAACGAGCGAACUGGUGAUCGGUCGGAGAUAGAGGUCGAUGAGCAACAGCAAGGAGCCGGGACUGGAAGUGGUGUUAGUUCCGUUGAAAUCCCAGCCAGCAAGGCAACGGUUCUUCGAGGCCACGAGUCCGAGGUCUUCAUCUGUGCCUGGAAUCCAACUACGGAUCUACUCGCAUCUGGUUCGGGUGACAGUACUGCGCGUAUCUGGGAUAUGUCCGAUAACUCUCUGGCACCAAAUCAGCUCGUAUUACGCCACUGUAUCCAGAAAGGUGGGACGGAAGUACCCAGUAACAAGGAUGUCACUUCCUUGGAUUGGAACUGCGAUGGAACGCUGUUAGCGACUGGUAGUUACGACGGAUAUGCGAGGAUCUGGACCACCGACGGAAGGCUAGCCUCCACUCUGGGCCAGCACAAGGGACCGAUAUUUGCUCUCAAAUGGAACAAACGUGGCAAUUACAUUUUAAGCGCAGGAGUCGACAAAACCACAAUCAUUUGGGACGCGGCCAGUGGACAAUGCACCCAACAAUUCAGCUUCCACUGCGCACCUGCACUGGACGUGGAUUGGCAAACCAACACCUCUUUCGCUAGCUGUUCGACGGAUCAGUGCAUCCACGUGUGCAAGUUGAACGCCGACAAACCAAUAAAGAGCUUCCAAGGGCACACGAACGAAGUGAACGCGAUCAAGUGGGACCCCCAGGGCAAUCUCCUGGCCAGUUGUUCGGAUGACAUGAGCUUGAAAAUUUGGUCGAUGAAGCAGGACACCUGGGUGCACGAUCUGCAGGCUCACAGCAAAGAGAUCUACACCAUCAAGUGGUCGCCCACCGGGCCGGGGACCCUGAACCCCAACAUGAACCUGACCCUGGCUAGCGCCUCCUUCGACUCCACCGUCAGACUUUGGGACGUCGAGAGAGGGGCUUGCAUCCACACCCUGACCAAACAUACGGAGCCGGUCUACAGUGUGGCCUUCAGCCCCGACGGGAAGUUCCUCGCGAGUGGGAGCUUCGACAAGUGCGUCCAUAUCUGGUCGACCCAGAGCGGCCAGCUGGUGCACAGCUACAAGGGGACUGGCGGCAUCUUCGAGGUCUGCUGGAACAGCCGGGGGGACAAGGUCGGCGCCUCCGCGUCGGACGGCAGCGUCUUCGUCCUGGACCUUCGCAAGUUGUGAUCGCCGGCCGGUCGAUCUUAGGCUACGUCCGAUUGACUCGCGGUGCCGGUUUCGCGACUUAUCCCGCUCGUUGGUUCUCGUUCCGCUUCCUGGCCCGUCUCCGGGGGUUUCGUUGCGCCGAGUCCUGGUCUCUCCUUGACCGGAGAGCCCGCCAAGCGGAGUCGCCCUCGACCACGUCGACGCGACCGGCGUCGUUUGCAUUCUAUCAACUCCACCGCGCGAAUCGAGGCCCGGGACGGGGACGUUGUACAUUGAAUUAAACUCCUUGAAGCUGCGAACAAACUCCGGCUGGGCGCGUUUGCGUCGCCUUAGCGUCGCCUUUCUGGCGGCCUAGCCGGUCACGAGAAGUUCUAUUCUCCUUCAGCGGAUGAAAGCGCGUGUUGUUGUAAUUUUAACGAUAAAUUUAGCAUUAUACACCCAAGUACGUCUACGGAGAA